AAGGGCAAAGAAGGAAGUGUGUUAAAUCUUCGAAUGACAAAACAAACUUUUGAUAGUCAUUAGGGUCUUGAUCCAGUGUAGUGAACUGUAUUUACAGAUCCAAGAAUUUAGCAAGAUCCAAUAAAGGACUGGACAUUUGUAUGUAUAACAGGAAUAUCCACAGUUAUUUUAAUUGAUAACUUUUUUGGGGGUGAGGGUAAGAGAUGCUAAACUUCAUGUCUUAGAAUUUAAGGCAGUCUCUAACUAUUGGAUAUCAGGGUGAAACCUAAUGGGGCUGGGAGGGGUUGUGGCAGAUUAUCCCAUGUCUGCCUAUUGCAGGGUUCUUGCACUUUAGAAUUAUCUAGUAGUGGCAGACAGGGAUUCUGGACUAGAUGGAUUUCAGGUCUCAUCCACAUGGCAAUUUGAAUGUUUCAAUCCCCCUGCAUGCCUGAAGCCCCUUUGAAGUGAGUCCAGGGGUCAACACGUGCUGAGCUCCUGGCAAGAUUGAGGCUGAAGAACCUCAUUCUCUAGUUCUUUGUGUGCAGCUGUUUUAGAAUUUAGUAUGUGACUCAAGGAAAAGUGGUAAUCCUUACAGUAAUAGCCUUUCAAAUAAUGUAAUAGGCAGUAGUCUAUGUGUAGGGUCCAGUCCUGUCAACAUUUAAGUGUAAAGUCAGUGGGAUUACUCCUGUGUAAAGUUAUACAUUUAAAUGUGGGCGGGAGUGGGGCCUAGUUUUAAUGUAAUAUUUUACAAUAAACCCUGGCAGGUAGGGUUUAAGGCAGGAUCUUUAGAAUCUGGGGACAGAUAUAAUAAUGUCAGGGUAGCAUGUGUGAGCACACAGCUGAUCGUUGCAUGCGGGCUGUUUCACUUCAGAGGAAGAUCAAGAAUGCCGAGGUAGAAGAAAGAAAUGAGUCCAUCCGAACUGACUGGGAGAGAGAUUUUCUUCUUGAGCUGGGGAAUGAGUAUGGGGAAAGGUGGGAUAUUCUCUGGGAGGCAGCUGAAAUUUUGGUUGUUCUAGACCUUCUUUUAAUAUACCUGUUACACAUAGUACUUUUCAGCUCAGAAGAACUCUCUCCAUGGAACAUGCCUUGGGGUUGGGUGGUUCCUGUACGUGAGACAAAAUAAAAUAGAUUUAAGAAAAAGUUCCCCCGCCCAAGUAUAGCAGUUUCAUAGCUAUAAAUAUAAUUUGUUUAAAGCCUUCAGAAAAUUGGCGUUUCUGUAUCUUCUCCACUGCCACACACACUUUUUGUCAGUAUAUUAGGCAGUGUGACUGGUGUCUUUUUGUUGGGCUUAAUAAAGCUUAGGAGAACUAUUUUCCCAGGAUUUACUUCGUAGCUGUGGAGAAAUUUAAAUUCUCUGAAGGAGGCUGGUCCUAAUGUUGGUAUUUAUAGGUUGCAUAUCAGAUAUACACCUCCUCUACAAUAUUGUGAAUUUUGUUGGUCGAGGCAGUUUCCUUUGUAUUCUCUCCAUUGUCUCGGUCACUAAAAUCUAUAAUUAGUGCACCCCAUGAAGGCACAGUCAAAUAUAAAAGUAUCAUAUUAAAAAUCCUUACUUUUGUUAUUAAUUAACACCUUUUGAUUAUUAAAACAGUCCGAUUUAAUUGUUUGCAUUUCUCUCCCUAUGGACUAUCAUAUGAGAGUGGUCUUUUAACUUUUGCUUAAGGAAAUCAGGUCUAACGAAGAAUCUACGGAUGAUUCUGAGGAAGAUGAGAGUGAAGAAGAACCCAAGCUGAAGUAUGAAAGGCUUUCUAAUGGAGUGACUGAAAUUCUCCAAAAGGAUGCAGCCAGUUGCAUGACCGUGCAUGAAAAGUUUUUGGCACUCGGCACACAUUAUGGCAAGGUUUAUUUACUUGAUGUCCAGGGAAACAUCACCCAAAAGGUUGAGAUUAGCCCAGUGAAGAUAAAUCAGAUCAGCCUGGAUGAAGGUGGAGAACAUAUGGGCAUAUGCUCAGAAGAUGGCAAGGUGCAGGUAUUUGGAUUAUAUUCAGGAGAAGAAUUUCAUGAAACAUUUGACUGUCCUAUUAAAAUUGUUGCUGUCCACCCUCAGUUUGUAAGAUCCCACUGCAAACAGUUUGUAACAGGAGGAAAAAAGUUGCUGUUAUAUGAGAAGACUUGGAUGAACAGAUGGAAGCCUUCUGUUUUACAUGAAGGAGAAGGAAACAUAAGAAAUGUAAAGUGGAGAGGACACUUAAUUGCUUGGGCCAAUAAUAUGGGUGUGAAGAUACUUGACAUGAUCUCCAAACAAAGAAUUACCAAUGUGCCUCGUGAUGAUAUAAGUCUUCGCCCAGAUAUGUAUCCCUGCAGCCUUUGCUGGAAAGAUAAUUUAACACUGAUUAUUGGCUGGGGAACUUCAGUAAAGAUAUGUUCGGUAAAGGAACGGCAUGCCAGUGAAAUGCGAGACCUGCCCAGCCGCUAUGUAGAAAUAAUUUUCCAGUUCGAUACUGAAUUCUACAUCAGUGGACUUGCACCUCUCUGCGACCAGCUUGUUGUACUUUCGUACGUAAAGGAGGUUUCUGAGAAAACGGAAAUGGAAUGUUGUGCAAGACCUAGACUGGAUAUUAUUCAACCCCUACCUGAGUCUUGUGAGGAGAUCUCCUCUGAUGCUCUGACUGUUAGAGGAUUCCAAGAAAACGAAUGUAGAGAUUAUCAUUUAGAGCAUUCAGAGGGCGAAUCGCUGUUUUACAUUAUUAGUCCAAGAGAUAUUGUUGUGGCUAAAGAGCGGGACCAAGAUGACCACAUUGACUGGCUUCUUGAGAAGAAGAAAUACGAAGAGGCUUUGAUGGCCGCUGAGAUCAGUCAGAAGACCAUAAAAAAACACAGGAUUUUGGACAUAGGCUUAGCCUAUAUAAAUCAUCUAGUGGAGAAAGGAGAGUAUGACUUGGCUGCCAGAAAAUGUCAGAAAAUACUUGGAAAAAGCACAGAACUCUGGGAAUUUGAAGUUUAUAAGUUUAAAGAAAUAGGGCAACUUAAGGCAAUUAGCCGUUAUUUGCCAAGACGGGAUCCAAUUCUGAAGCCUCUCAUCUAUGAAAUGGUCCUGCAUGAAUUUUUGGAGAGUGACUAUGAGGGUUUCGCAAUGCUGAUAAAAGAGUGGCCUGGAGAUCUUUAUAACAAUGCGAUCAUAGUUCAAGUAGUAGUGGAUCACCUGAAGAAAGAUCCACAGAAUAGGACCUUGCUCAGAACUCUUGCGGAAUUAUACACCUAUGACCAACGCUAUGGCAAAGCCCUUGAAAUUUACCUAACACUCAGACAUAAAGAUGUUUUCCAGUUGAUCCAUAAACAUAAUCUUUUCAGUUCUAUCAGAGACAAAAUUGUUCUUCUCAUGGAUUUUGAUUCAGAGAAAGCGGUGGACAUGCUAUUGGAUAAUGAAGAUAAAAUUUCAAUUGACAGAGUUGUAGAAGAAUUAGAAAACAGACCUGAGUUACAACAUGUGUAUUUGCAUAAGCUUUUCAAAAGAGACCAUCAUAAAGGACAGAGGUACCAUGAAAAACAGAUCAGUCUCUACGCUGAAUACGAUCGUCCAAACCUCCUGCCGUUUCUCAGAGACAGCACACAUUGUCCGCUAGAGACGGCUCUUGAGAUCUGCCAACAGAGGAACUUUGUAGAAGAGACCGUCUAUCUUCUGAGCAGAAUGGGGAAUAGCCGUAGCGCACUGAAAAUGAUAAUGGAAGAAUUGUAUGAUGUAGAUAAGGCUAUUGAAUUUGCCAAGGAGCAAGAUGAUGGAGAACUAUGGGAAGACCUCAUUUUAUAUUCUAUCGACAAACCACCUUUUAUUACUGGCUUGUUAAACAACAUUGGUACCCACGUUGACCCCAUUCUUCUGAUUCACCGCAUUAAGGAAGGCAUGGAGAUUCCUAAUCUGAGAGAUUCACUGGUGAAAAUUCUCCAGGAUUAUAAUUUGCAGAUUUUACUACGUGAGGGAUGCAAGAAGAUACUUGUUGCAGACUCACUGUCGCUAUUGAAGAAAAUGCACCGAACUCAAAUGAAAGGUGUCCGUGUGGAUGAAGAGAAUAUCUGUGAAUCGUGUCUUUCCCCUAUACUUCCUUCAGAUGCAUCCAAAUCCUUCAGUGUGACAGUGUUCCAUUGCAGGCAUAUGUUUCACAAAGAGUGCCUCCCUAUACCUAGCACAAUGUCCCCAUUGCAGUUCUGCAACAUCUGCAGUGCUAAGCACAGAGGACCAGGCAGUGCGAUCUUGGAGAUGAAAAAAUAGCAUGCUCCAUAUCCUCUCUCACGUCUGAGAACCAUUUUGUGGGACUAAGCAGUGCCAUUGAUGAUGAAGCUGUUAAGAGAUUAUAUAUAAUUCUGAGUGUGAUUUAAAACAAAUUUUAAAAAAGUAUCUAGUUUACUGAAAUUUCCUUCUAUAUCUCCAGAAAGAAAAGUGGCAAAAACAAUAUAUAUUCACUUGAAAUAUCUUUAUUACACAAUGGAGAUUUCACCAGUCAUAUCCUUGUUCUUCAGUAAGUAAUGAAAAUAUAAACCUAAAUGGAAACAAUUGAAUUUGGAGAUUAUUCUUGGCACAUUGUAUUAUAGAAUACGUGUAUCACAGUUUGAAACCAAAUCUGAAACCACAGUUAGAUGUUUGUACGCAAGGUCAGUAUGUGUAGUUCUCAUUGAUUUCAGUGAGACUGCUCAAAUACUUAAAGUUAGGAAGUUAGUACCUUCCUGAAUUGAUACCUAAAUAAAUAAGUUAUUAAUAAGUUCUAGUGACUGUAUGUUUUCACCCAUCUCGUUAGAAACUGGUUAUUUUAUGUCAUUUGCAGACAUGACCUCCAUGGUGCUUUCAUUUGUAUAGGUAUUUACUAUGUUAAGCAAAUCCUUCUUCUUCUUCUUUUUUUCAAACUGGGAAGUUUUUAAAUGUUACUAGUGAGCAUCUUUAGUCUGUUGCUUAAUAACUAUAACUAUAGUAUCUCUCUUGAGUUGCUCAAAUAUAGAAAAACAUCUGGACUUUACAAGAAAAUAUCUCCAAGAGCUUCAUAAACCAAAAGAGAGAAGGUCAAAUAACUAUAGUUUGAUGCCAACAAAAAUGCAGUGAUUUUUUUUCUUGUUUCUCUGAGGCUCUGUUUUUAUUAUUGACAUACAGCAUAUAGAUCCAAGGGGGAUCAAUCUUCAAAAGAUGAAAAAAUUAUACAGACAGCACCUCUUCAGAGUUAUUGCCACUUUUCUAGUAUACUUAAAAUGUAAAAUAUGUGUGCAGUAUAUAUGAGCUCUUCAGCUGAUCGCUCUUGUCUAUGCUCUUUCACCUUCAUAAGUGACAGAGUCAGCUCCUCAGCUGAUGUAAAUUAGCAUCACUCCACUGAGAUCAAUGGAGCAAUGCUAAUUUACAUCAUGUGAGGAUGUGGCCCAGAGUAUUUAACAAAUCAAUGCUUCAUUCUUUGUUGUCCCAUUUAUGCUUUACAAGUACAUUAUAAAUGGGCUUUGUUACCUCUGGUGAUAGUAAUGCUGUAUAUCACUGAAUAUUGGAAAUAAAAUUGUAAGUGUUGCAUUAAAACGAGUAUCUUCAAAGAA